AUGGGUGUGUGGGCUUUCUGGGAGCCCAGGCCCAUGCGUCGGGGUCAUCGUUUUGGAGACACAGACACAGUAGCAGCAUUUCUCAGCGAGGAUGAGGGCCAAGUGGAAGAAGAAGCGCAUGAGGAGGUUGAAGAGGAAGCGUCGAAAGAUGAGACAGAGAUCAAAGGCCUUUAUGUUUUCCAUGCAUCGGAUGGAAACUAUGGUGAUGCUGCAUAG